AUGCAACGACAAUGCAACGACAAUGCAACGACAAUGCAACGACAAUGCAACGACAAUACAACGACAAUACAACGACAAUGCAACGACAAUGCAACGACAAUACAACGACAAUACAACGACAAUACAACGACAAUACAACAACAAUACCGACUAUACAACGACUAUACAACGACAAUACAACGACAAUACAACGACAAUACAACGACAAUACAACGACAAUACAACGACAAUACAACGACAAUACAACGACAAUACAACGACAAUAGAAUGACAAUACAACGACAAUACAACGACGAUACAACGACAAGACAACGACAAUACAACGACAAUACAACGACAAUACAACGACAAUACAACGACAAUACAACGACAAUACAACGACAAUACAACAACAAUACAACGACAAUACAACAACAAUACAACAACAAUACAACGACAAUACAACAACAAUACAACGACAAUACAACGACAAUACAACGACAAUACAACGACAAUACAACGACAAUACAACGACAAUACAACGACAAUACAACGACAAUACAACGACAAUACAACGACAACGACAACGACAACGACAAUACAACGACAAUACAAUGA